CUAGUGUUGGGUGACGUGUUCUUAACCGUAACCAAUCGAAGCAAGACAUGGAAAACACAGAGGGUGCCCCGCCUCCGCCUUCCUCCCCCCUCCCCGACUGGGGCGGAGCGGUUCCUUUCAGGCAGGCGCUGGCUGGGCAGUGAUGGCGGACGAUGGGAUUGGGAAGCUAAGGACGGAGCAAGGCGGCGGCGGCGGCGUUGGUCCGCCGGAGACGGCGGGUGCCGCUACCGGAAGCUGGCUCGGGGGAAGCUGGCUCGACAUGCUAUUAAUCUUGACCUUGGUAAUCGUGACGCUUUUGGCCUAUCAGGUCUACAAGCGCUGGGGCAAAAGGAUCGGAGCGGGGGGCGCGGCGCAACAGAGCCAGGCCCACUCCUUGCCCCGCAUGAAGCGGCGGGACUUCACUCUGGAGCAGCUACGCGAAUACGACGGUGCGCGGCUGCCGCGCAUCCUUCUGGCCGUCAACGGCAAAGUCUUCGAUGUGACCAAAGGCAGCAAGUUCUACGGGCCCGAAGGCCCUUAUGGAAUAUUUGCUGGCAGAGAUGCCUCAAGGGGACUAGCAACUUUCUGUCUAGAUAAAGAUGCACUCAGAGAUGAAUAUGAUGAUCUAUCGGACUUAAAUGCUGUGCAAAUGGAAAGUGUUAGGGAAUGGGAAAUGCAGUUUAAAGAAAAAUAUGACUAUGUAGGUAGACUUCUAAAGCCAGGAGAGGAACCAUCAGAAUAUACAGAUGAAGAAGAUACCAAGGAUCACACUAAACAAGAUUGAACUUUGUAAAUCACCAAAGUCAGGGGCCUUUGGAACUGCAAUCUUUUAUUCCCCAUCAAAGAAUGCCCUUUGGGUACAAUUCAACUGCUACAGAAAAUAAUUCAAUACGUUUUGUAUAUGAUCCUUUCCUGAUGAAGAUUUGAUUUGAUUACUAGGCAUUCUUUGUGCUGCCAAACAUUUAUUCUUUUUCCUUUUUCCUUUUUUUUUUUUUUUGUUGUUGUUGCAGUAUAUCUAUGUCUGGAAAGGCUUCAUUAAUGAAAUGGGGGCCAGGGAUUUAAAAUGCAAAGAAAGCAAUUUCUUGCAGCAUGUUGAAGCCUUUGAAGUUUGUUAUUUACCGGCUUACAUGUUUCACGUGUAAUUUCUACUCUUUGAGUGCUAAAUGGAAAACCUUGUUCUUUUAAGGAAUCCAUAGUUAACAUAGUGGCUGAAACAUAAUAAAUGGGAAUGCUCAGACUAGUUUGUGGGCCAUUGGUUUCUAUGACAGAAAACUACUUCAGAUCUCUGCAGAUUACAUGGUUUCAGAUAAGAUUCUCCUGAAGGAUAGAGGAAAAUUUAUUUGCAGAAGUUAUCAUCUGAAACCUGCCUUCUAUGCUUGUCUUUCCCCUGAAUCAAAUCAAAUAAUUGUGCCUUAUUUCACUUAGACUUGAAUUGUUUUAAAGGAAAACCCAAAAUAUAACAUGAGUCACUAAAAGCAGCAUCGAAGAUUGGCUAGAACAGUCAGUUAACUGGAACAAUUGAUGACAUUUUGUAUAUAAAAACAUACAGUGUUUUGUGUGUAUAUACACAUACACACACACACACAUCAAUAAAUAAUGUGUAUGUGUGUCUAUAUACAUACACAUGCAAACUUUUAACAGUGUAAUGGCCAAAUGCAUUCUCCUUUUGCUUUUUAAAUAAGCUCAAUUAGUCCUUUUUCCAUCCCCAGGGAGCUCCUUAAAGGUGAGGAGCCAAACCUCAUAUCAUUGUGAAAUGAGGGUAUGCAUGGGUGUGGGUGCUCGAGUGCAAAAAAUGGGAGGAUGGUUCCUGCAGAUACUGUAAAUAUGAAUACAAUUUUAAUAAAGCAUGUAAAAUACCAAAUGUGCUGUCAGACUUUAUGUAGAUGCUGUAAAGCUAGUAUUGGUGGCUAGGACUCUAUAUGUUUCAGGAAAAAAAAGAAAAAAGAAAAUGACUUAAUAUUUUUGCACUGCUAUUAAAUAAACCGUUGGCCAGCUAUUUUUUAAUAAUUUCAUCAUUUGUAAUACGCAAAAUGUGACAGUUUCAGUGAAUAAAAACAGUGGCAUAUAUCUGCAUAGAA